AUGUCUACCGAAGCCGAACACGCCAACGACUUUGCCCGUCUCUGGACAGCCGAGUGCGGCCGGAAAGACCCAGACUCGGGCGACGAAAAAGUGCGAUGGUUCAAGCUGCGCGUGGGAACUGCUUUGGGAAGAUUCAUCUUCAAAGCGAACCGAGCUGACUUUUUGGACUGCCCGCGCCUUCUGGCUGGCUUUGACCAACACUAUGCGGUCCUGGAAGCUCACACUCGCAGCAACGAGCAAAAUUCGGACCCUCUCCCCGACGACUGCCUAGCAUGGAUCAUGCCAACCAUGUACACCACGCUCCGCGACCGCGGGGAGCUAUUUGAUCCGAGCGAGAGACACAGAGAAUGCACCCUGAAGGAGUUUUGGCAGAAGCCAUGGAGAGUGUUUCAGGUCUCGGCUGAGCAAGGACGCAUGCGCAUCGAGUACUGCACGACGGAGGCAUCCCCCAACAUGUCUACCUGGACCGACCUGCCCCUGCCUCACCUGCAAGACGUCGGACGGCUCCGAGGAAUCACGAUUGUUCCGUGGGCCGGCGUUAAUGUCUGGCACGCCGAGCCCCGGACCAUCCUCGGCGACCAGCCACGCGAGGUCUGGAUGUCCGGCCACCGAUUCUACCUCAAGUCCUUUGAAGGCCUCGACGACGCGGCCGGCGUCGCCCGCCUCAUUGCCAAGUACGAAGCCAUCGACGCCGACAUCUUUCACGAGUUUGCCUUUCCGCCCACCACGUUUGACCCGCUCAACGUCCCGCGCACGUUUUACCUCGUCGUCGACGACGAGCAGCGCGCUCUCGGCCUCGUCCAGACGUACGUCGACCGCGGCGUGCCGCUGCGCGAGGCCCUGCAGUCGGGCGACGCCUGCUCGGACGACGCCACCAAGCGCGCGUGGAAGCGCGCCCUGGUCAAGACGCUGGCGCAGCUGCACGCGCACGGCAUCGCGUGGGAGAGCGUCGACUUGGACAGCGUGCUCGUCAGCGGGGAGCACGCGUGGGUGUUUCACUUUGGCGACGGGGGUAACUCGCGGCGGGCGGAGAUGCUGCGCGUUGCGGGGGCCGAGACGCCGGCAGAGGCUGAUGUUGCGCACCUGGCCAGGCUCUUUGCGGACGAGCUCUGGCAAUGGUCCGAGAGUCAGCGGGUGCUGCCGGCGCCGGACCAGCCGCCCGUGCCGCCUGCGAAGACGAGAAGGACGGUGGAGGGGGUGCGUGGGGGGUGGAACUUGCGAUCGGGCAGAAUGACAGAAAAUAGAGAGUAA